CCAGCGCAGAGCCGAGCAGGACGGGAGGCGCCGACUCUCCCGCCGCCGCCCGGCAAGGCCUUUGGCGGAGAGAAAUCGGAGCAGAGACCCGGCCGGGCUCGGGGACAUGGUGACGGGAUGUCCCGCAUCGCAGACGCCUUCCCUCUGCACCUGCUCGUCUGGCAUAACCGGCACCAGGCGCUGGACAGCGAGCUGCGCAAGGGACAGCAUGAUAUUGAGAAGUUGGACCCACGUGGCCGAACACCAUUGGAGCUGGCCGUGUCCCUGGGGAACCUGGAAUCUGUGCGAGUGCUCCUGCGACACAACGCCAGUGUGGGCCAGGAGAAUGCCAAUGGCUGGACAGUCCUCCAGGAGGCCGUGAGCACAGGGGACCCGGAGAUGGUGCAACUGGUGCUCCAGUAUCGCGAUUACCAGCGUGCCACGCAGCGCCUAGCUGGCAUCCCAGAACUGCUCAACAAACUACGCAGGGCUCCUGAUUUCUACGUGGAGAUGAAGUGGGAGUUUACCAGUUGGGUUCCCUUGGUCUCCAAAAUAUGCCCAAGUGAUGUGUACCGAGUGUGGAAGCGAGGUGAAAAUUUGCGAGUGGAUACAACCUUAUUGGGAUUUGAGCACAUGACCUGGCAGCGAGGCCGGCGCAGCUACAUCUUCAAAGGCGAAGAUGAGAAUGCUGUGGUGAUGGAGGUGGACCAUGACAAGCAGGUUGUGUACACCGAGAUGUUGUCGCUAGCCUUGCAUGAGCCUGAGCUGAUGCUGGCUGCCAUGCAGCCAUCCGAAGAGCAUGUGGCCAGCCGCCUCACUUCUCCCAUUGUCUCCACCCACCUUGACACCAAGAACAUUGCCUUUGAGCGGAAUAAGUCUGGCAUCUGGGGUUGGCGCUCUGAGAAAAUGGAAAAUAUCAGUGGCUAUGAAGCCAAGGUUUACAGUGCCAGCAAUGUAGAGCUUGUCACCAAAACUCGCACUGAGCACUUGUCAGACCAGGACAAAACACGCAACAAAGGUUCCAAGACUCCAUUCCAGUCAUUUUUGGGGAUUGCCCAGCAGCAUGCAGCCCAGAAUGGGGCCCCAGUGCAACAGUCAGCCAGCCCCACCAACCCGACAUCUAUUACUCCAGAGGAAUAUUUUGACCCUGACUUCAAUUUGGAGUCUCGCAAUAUUGGCCGCCCUAUAGAGAUGUCCAGCAAGGUGCAGAGGUUCAAGGCCACUUUGUGGCUCUGUGAAGAUCAUCCCCUCUCCCUGGUGGAGCAAGUGACCCCCAUCAUUGACCUGAUGGCCAUUAGUAAUGCCCACUUUGCCAAGCUGCGUGACUUCAUCACCCUCAAGUUGCCUCCUGGCUUCCCGGUCAAAAUUGAGAUCCCCCUCUUCCAUGUGCUGAACGCCCGGAUCACUUUUAGCAACUUAUGUGGCUGUGACGAGCCGCUGAGUUCCGUACGGAUCUGUACUCCCACCCAUACUCCAGGAACUGCCACGGAAGAGGCAGCAAGUGCUGGAGCAGAGGCCACCAAUAACACCAAAGUGUACCCUUUUCCUUGUGAGGUGGACCCAGUGGUAUUCGAGGUACCCCAGGGCUACACAAUGCUGGGUGCGGGCCGAACAGAACCCAUGAGGGAUGAAGAUGAUGACUUGCUCCAGUUUGCCAUCCAGCAAAGCCUUCUGGAUGCUGGCACAGAAACAGACCAGGUCACCAUCUGGGAAGCUCUGACCAACACACGGCCAGGAUCCAAUCCUCCACCUUAUGAUGAGGAACUGCAGUUGGAACGAGCCAUCCAAGAGAGCAUGUUCCUUCAGUCUGGGCCAGGCCUGGGCACAGCAGAGUCCGGCAGCAGCAACGGAGAUCCUCCUCCCGACAGCAACCAAGCUCUCAGCACCAACGGUGGCACUGGAGGCAGCUCCUCCAACUUGCCUCCACCGUAUCCUAGUUUUGAUGAGCAGCUGCGUCUGGCCAUGGAGCUGUCCUCCAGGGAGCAGGAGGAACGGGAGCGUCAACGCCGUGAGGAAGACGAGGAGCUGCAACGUAUCCUCCAGCUCUCCCUGACGGAGAAGUAGCGUCCCAGCCUGCCAGCAAGGGGCCCCUUGCCUCCCUCAAGCCUCACACCGCCCAGCCUAACUGUCCUUGCCAUCAUUGUAUUUUUAAUCUCUGGGGGUGGGUGGGGUGGGUUCCAUGCUUUGCCCCCCUUUCCUCUUGGGGACAGGCUCAAUGUGAGAAGACAGCACCUUCUGCAUUUUCUGGGACUCAUGCAGUUUCAUCCUCUGGUCUUAUUUCCUGUAAGAUUUUUUUAAAUUGCUUUAUAUUCCUCAUUCUUCACUGAGGAAAUGUUUUAUAUAGCACAGAGUGGGGCAGAGAGAAGGAGGUGAGGAGGGGCAGCUGAUAGGAGUGGAAAAAGAGGAAGAAGUAGGGGAAAUUUUAAUUACUCGGCAUGAGCAUGAUGUUUUCUGAGACUGAAACAAGUGCACUGCCUUCUCUGCCCUUGCAAAUGGGGCUGUCUUGUAGGGGAAGUCGUAUCUUGAACCUUGAUGCAUAACGCAGAUGUUUGCAGUGAGCUCUGAAGCCAGGCGGUGGUGUGAUGAAUAAUUUUCAGUCCUGCAUUUUUCCACUCCUCAUCGUGAGCUGCUGCUCUCCCCACUCCUCCCCUGCCCUGAAGUUUAAUUUAUUUUAUUUAUAUAUCUGAGGAUAUAUACAAGAAAGGGGAGUGGGAGGUGUGUAUUUGUUUUUUUUAAAAAAAAAACUAGAACCCAGUGGGUCUAAAGGGAACAGCUGUGCCCACUCUUGAGUGGCUUUCUCCUGACGUCUGGAGACCAGGCACAACAGGGGGCUCUGGGCAGCAGGAACUACUAAAUAAAACUACGAAGCCAGC